ACAGAAGAGGAGAAAGAGGAGGAAGAAGAGGAGGAGGAGGAGGCUGAGGAGGAGGAGGUUGAGGAGGAAGAGGAGGAAGAAGAGGAGGAAGAAGAAGAGGAGGAAGAGGAGGAAGAGGAGGAGCGGAUGGAUGCCAGCCUGGGAUCAGACACAAACACCUCCAACAACCCUCCUCCAAGAGGAACCGAGUUGAAUCAUUAUUAUUCUGAUGGUGGUGAUGAGGAUGAGGAUGAUGAUGAUGAUGAUGAGGAGGAUGAUGAUGAUGAUGAGGAUGAGGAUGAUGAGGAUGAGGAUGAUGAUGAGGAUGAGGAUGAUGAGGAUGAGGAUGAUGAUGAUGAUGAUGAUGGAGGAAGAGGAGGGCUUUGCUCGGAUCAACAUGGCGGACAACAAAGCUCAGGUUGUGGGGUAGUAACCGCGGUUCUCUCUGCUCAGCUCAGCACCAUGGAUCAGAUGAACCAGAUGGACCAGAUGGAUCCGGUCCACAACCACCACGACGGCUACAACACCACCACCAUGAGCACCAGCGGCACCAACCAGUACAACAACAACAACCACUACCAGAACUACCGGCCCGGCUAUGGGAGCAGUGUUAGCGGAUACUCCGGCAUGAUGAGCCCGUCGUCCCGGCAGCAGCAGCAGCAGGGCCCGGGUAAAGCGGCCGGUAGCUGCCCGGCUGGAGGCGCUGCCAGCGGGGGAGGGUUCCCGCGGUUCCCCGGUCAGCAGCAGCAUCCCUCCGGAGCUACCCCGACUCUCAACCAGCUGCUGACGGCUCCCAGCCCGAUGAUGAGAGGCUAUGGAGGCUAUCAGGAGUACAACCAGCAGAAAGACUCCUCCGUGAUGAGCGGCUCUCUCUACGGCUCCGCUGCUCAGCUGCUCGGCUGCUGGAGAGGACAGAGACACCACCACCCGGGGAACAGCAGCGGGCAGGGCGGCAGAGCUCAGGUGCCGGCGAUGGACCCGAUGGCGAUGAAGCGGUCUCAGCUCUACGGCAUGAGCAACAACCCGUACUCCCAGCAGCAGGGGGCGCCGUUCUCCGGCCAGCCCUACGGCUCCCCCUCCCCGCACAGAUACCCGAUGGGGAUGCCCAGCAGAGGGCAGAUGGGGAUGGGAGGGAUGCAGUACCCUCAGCAGCAGAUGGGUUCUCAGUACAGUCAGCAGCAACAGCAGCAGCAGCAGCAGAACGUGGCGGGAUACGGUCAGUCAGGUCAGCCGCCGUACUUCAGCCCUCCACAGCAGCAACCCGCCGCCCCGAGCCAGCCGCCGUACAUGCAGCCACGCCCGCUGCCACAACAGGAGGUGCCUCAGGAGGCGUACGGGGGGCGGGGCCAGUCUGCUGCUAUGACUCCUGGGAAACCGAACCACGAGGAGAUGAGUCUGAGCCAACAGGAGAGGCCGUCCAGCCUGCCGGAUUUAUCCGGCUCUAUCGACGACUUGCCCACCGGCACCGAGGCGGCGGUGAGUUCAGGGACGUCGGGCUCCGGCAGCGCUCAGGGCGACCAGGGGACCCCGGCCCGUUCUCCGUUCUCCCCCCACGUCUCACCUCGACUGCCGCUGCCGCCUCGAGCCGGGCCCUCCCCUUCCCCGUCGCUGUCCCCCGCUGGGUCCAGCAGCCAAUCACGAUCCGGACCGAUGUCCCCCGCCGUCAGCGGACCAGGCGCUCAGUUGACCCCUCAGGUCUCUGGUCCUGGAUCAGAUGUCGGUCCUCAUCCCUCCCAGUCUGUCCUGACCCAGGACAGAGGUUUCCCUCCCUCCAUGCAGCGUAGCACCUCGGGGCCUCAGUUUGGCCCCCAGCAGUCAGCACCACCCAUGUCCCCUCACACAGCGCCGGGGGGGCCCAUGCACCACAGCUCCUACCAGCAGGGGGCCUCAUAUGGCCAGUACGGCCCCCCAGGUAACUACCCUCGGCCCCCCCACUACGGCGGGGCCCCCAGUGCCAACUACAGCGGCCCCAGCCCGGGCCCUGGCUUAACUAACAGCCUGGGGUUGAACGCCAGCAGUCCAAUGCACGGUCAAGGCCCGUCCACCCCAGCAGGUCGCGGCCCGGGGCCCGGCGCCGGGGGCCGGCCUUACCCCGCCGGAGGGAACGCCAUGGCCCCCACCUCCCCCGGCAUGCCACAGCCCGCUGGGCAGGGCAUGGGGCCCCCGGGGCCCAACGCUAGCCGCAAACCGCCUGAGAUGGGCCCCAACGCCGGGCCAAGUGCCAACUCCUUGACCUCCGCCACCGCCCAGGGCAGGCCUCCCUUCGCUCGUUCCCCAGCCUACCUCAACCAGUCCUGGCCCGGGGGUCGACCUGCCCUCUCUCCUACCCUUCACCUCUCUCACCCUUCUCCUCAUCCUCACCACCCUCCUCACCACUCCCAGCAGAGAACCAAUGCUCAGGCCCAACCCACCAUGCAGACCCCCCCUGAGCAUUAUGGGCAGGGCAGCUACCUGGGUAUGGCACCGAUGGGAGGGAUGGGUCCUGGAGGUCCUGGAGGUCCUGGAGGAGGUCCCUACAGCCAGCAAGUAGGCAGCAACUCUGGGAGGAUGACACCGCAGGGACCCCACUACAACGUCCCCUCCUCCGGCCCCGUGAUGAUGUCAUUAGACGGGAUGGCCGUUCAUCCAGAUGCCAAGCAGCGGGGGGUGGAGCUCAGCAAAGAGGGCGUCUGCCCUGCCGCCGAACCACCCAAACCCAAGUGUUUGUCCCAGCCCCUCACCCCGUCCCCCAUGUCCCCCAGCUCAGCUAGUCUGUCCUCCUAUCACGGGGAGGACAGUGAUAGCAUUAGCAGCUCCGCCUGGUCCAAGACGUCAACCAGCCCCAAGCCCAGCGCGGCCACCAUGACCAACGAGAAGAUCACCCUGCUGUACGAGAUGGGCUCUGAGCCGGAGAGGAGGCCGUGGGUGGACCGCUUCCUGUCCUUCAUGGAGGAGAGGGGGACGUCCGUCCCGAACCUGCCCGCCGUCGGAAAGAAACCUCUGGACCUCUGCAGACUCUACAUGGCUGUGAGAGAGAUCGGAGGCCUGGCCAUGGUGAGCAAGAACAAGAAGUGGCGGUCGUUGUCGACCCAGUUGAACGUGGGGACGUCCAGCAGCGCGGCCAGCUCUCUGAAGAAGCAGUACAUCCAGUACUUGUUCGCCUACGAGUGUAAGGUGGAGCGAGGAGAGGAGCCUCCACCCGAGGCCCUGGGGCUCGCCGGAGACGCCAAGAAACCUCCGUCCCUCCAGGCCAAGAUCCAGCCCCCCUCCCCAGCCAACUCGGGCUCCCUGCAGGGCCCCAACACCCCUCAGUCCAGCAGCAGCUCCCUGACCGAGGCCCCCGGAGACCUGAAGCCCCCGACCCCAGCCUCCACCCCGCACGGCCAGAUGGGCCCCCAGCCUGGAAACAGGAACAUGACAGGAGUAAACGUCCUGGACCCGUUCUCUGAAUGCAGCGAUCCAGCCUUCCACAGCAAGCGAGGCCCCGGACCCGGAGGCGCCCCCUACCAGCAGGGAGGAGGCCCGACGGACCCCUCAAUGAGGAUGCAGUACGAUGCCAACAAAGACCCGUACGGAGGAGCGAGGAAAGGUCCGGGGCCCGGCGAGGCCUUUGGUCCCGGUCAGAUGCCCAGCGGUGCCAUGCAGGACAUGUACCCUCGCGGCGGGCCGCCCUCUGGGCCCCCAACGGGGAUGGGCCCCAGACCCCAGUACCCCUACGGCCCCAGCUACGAGCGGAGGCCGGAGCAUGCGAUGGGGCCGGAGGGAGUUAUGGCGACCCCCGGAGGUCAGAACAGCAUGGGUCCAUCUGGAAACGAGGCCGGCAUGUACCCGGCCAACAGAUACCCCCACCAGAGACAUGACGGCUACGGGCAGCAGUAUCCUCACAGCAUGGCCUACACUUCCCAUCAGCCCCUGUACCCUCAGCAGCAGCAGCAGCAGCAGCAGCAGCAGCAGCAGCAGCAGCAGCAGCUCUGCUAUAAUAAACCUGUCUCCACCUGUCUCUACCUGUCUCACCUGAGAGGACACAUGUCUCAGAUGCACCAUGCGGAUCUGGACCAGCAGCACCGGUACAACCAGAUCUGCACCAGGUCUGCCCCCCCAGAGGACCAGGAGGACCAGGAUGAUGGAGGAACCGAGCCGUCCUUCCUCUUCUCUAUCCCCGGCCAUAGGAGCCCGACCCCCCGCAGGAAGUGGCAGCUGUUCCCGGGGAGGAACCGGUUCUACUGCGACGGGAGGAUCAUGAUGGCCCGGCAGACCGGGGUCUUCUACCUGACCCUGGUCCUGAUCCUGCUCACCUGCGGCCUCUUCUUCACCUUCGACUGUCCCUUCCUGGCGUCCAACCUGACCCCGGCCAUCCCGGCGGUCGGCGGCGUCCUCUUCGUCUUCGUGAUGGGGAUGCUGUUCAGGGCGAGUUUCACCGACCCCGGCGUCCUGCCCCGGGCCACGCCGGACGAGGCCGCCGACCUUGAGAGGCAAAUCGACUCGACCGGCUGCUCCAGACCGCCUCCUCGCACCAGAGAGGUCCUGAUCAACGGACAGACGGUCAAACUGAAGUACUGCUUCACCUGCAAGAUCUUCAGACCGCCGCGAGCGUCACACUGCAGCCUGUGUGACAACUGUGUCGAGCGUUUCGACCAUCACUGUCCGUGGGUGGGGAACUGCGUUGGACGGAGGAACUACCGCUUCUUCUACCUGUUCAUCCUCUCGCUCUCCUUCCUCACCAUCUUCAUCUUUGCCUUCGUCAUCACACACGUCAUCAUCAGAUCGAACCGGACGGGUUUCCUGAGCGCGCUCAAAGACAGUCCGGCCAGCGUCCUGGAGGUGGUGGUGUGUUUCUUCUCCGUCUGGUCGAUUGUGGGUCUGUCGGGGUUCCACACCUACCUGAUCAGCUCCAACCAGACCACCAACGAGGACAUUAAAGGGUCCUGGUCCACCAAGCGAGGGAAGGAUAACUACAACCCUUACAGCUACGGAAACAUCCUGACAAACUGCUGCGCUGCUCUGUGUGGACCUCUGCCUCCCAGUUUGAUUGACAGGAGAGGUCUGAUCCAGUCCGACACACCACAGACCGUCUCCCAGUCUAACCAGUCUAAUGGGACCAGCAGCAGCUACGCCUCCACCCAGCACCACAGUCACAUGUGUGAUCAGGAUCAGUGCAUCCACAGCACCAAGUUUGUCCUGCAGGCUGCAGCGACCCCUCUGCUCCACAGCGACCCCGUGGUCCUGGCCCCUCUGCCGGGGAAGACCACCUCGCUGGCGGGGCCCUGCGCCUACCUGGCCCCCUCCCAGCCCUCGCUGCCGUCCUGCGGGGGAGACGUUCUGACCCUGAGGGACGCCGCCGCCGACUCCCACUGCCACCACCACCUCCACCAUCACCACCAUCACCACCACCACCACUUCGUCAGCCCGGAGGAGACGCCCUGCAGCACGCCGCAGGGCGCCCUGCCCUGCCCCGCCCACCUGCACCUGCACCCGCACACGCACCCGCCUGUCCCCAGCCCCGCCGCCCUGUACGACCCCUCCAGUCAGGACGCUCUGCACGAGGACUCCGUCAGAGGGCUGGUUAAACUCAGCUCCGUCUGAACAUCUCUUUAAUUUUCACCUGUUUGACUUCAGUCCCAUAUAUUAUUUUUAUGGCACUCCUAUGGCUCCAUAUGCAGCAUCCCUCCUCCUCCCUGUUUGACGCUCCUCUGUGGUUUUGAUGAGGUCAAAUUCAGUUUCCUGCUAAAACAAAACAAACAUUUCACCCAGAAUAAGCUACUCCGGUGCCAAACGGACCUCCGCCUUCAGCCGCAGUCGGGCCAGGACCAAAGUCAGAACGACUGACCUUUUUUUUUUACAAAUCAAGCGGUGGAUUGUGAAGUUUUUAAUAAAGAGAAUUGACUCUUAUUCUCAGAAGAGCUAACUGACCCGACGUGAAUCUUCAGGUUUUCAUUUUGAUUCUGCGGAGAGGAAAGAGAAAAACACGAAGCAGGACUGAGUUUCUCAAAGUUCAUCAGUUUGUGUCGAGCGGAGCAGCAACAACACUGCCAGAUGUUCGCCUCUGCAAAGCCCCCGGCCACACCAGAGAUUUUAAUUCAUUUUAACGGAUUGACUCGCAAAAGUGAAGUAAAUCCACGCAAAAAUGUUCGUGUCAAGUUCAACUUUGAUGAACUUUAUCUCGUGAAUUUUGCAGUGCAGCUGUGUGUCACCGAACAGUUUUAUUGAAGCUCCUCUGUCAGAGUAUAAACAUCCUUAAAAAUAAGGCCUAGAAGGUAUUAAAAUCAUUUAACUUGGUGAACCUGCAGAAACCCUGUGGCAGCUGUCAGCGACAUGAGAUUGAAUUAAAAACAAUAAAUGCCUUAUUUUUUAUUUUAUUUCUUUAAUGUAAAAUCUGUGUCGGCUUUAACAAGACCCAGCAGUGAGGCACGAAGCUGAGAUAAACUGAAAAUAAUCACUGACAUGUUGUUUUUUAACUCGCUGCCCUGGAUGUGAUCUUUUUCUAGACAGGGGAUGAAUGCUCACCUGAGCGCUGCCUUAUGGAAGACCAUUUCUGCCAGUUAAAGAAAAAAAUAAGAUGAAAACUUAGCCUUGUGUUGAAAAAAAAAAAAGAUUAUGCAAGACAUUAUGAUGAGAAACUUUCUCAAAAUAAUGACUUAGUAUCUCAAAAUAAAAAUAAUGGCAUUAUUUUGAGACACUAAGUCAUUAUUGUGAGAUUCUACGUCAUUAUUUUGAGAAGGUUUCUCAUUAUUUUGAGAUACUAUGUCAUUAUUUUGAGAUACUAAGUCAUUAUUUUGAGAUACUAAGUCAUUAUUUUGAGAUACUAAGUCAUUAUUUUAAAUUACUACAUCAGUAUUUUGAGAAAGUUUCUCAUUAUUUUGAAAUUCUGCGUCAUUAUUUUGAGAUUCUGCGUCAUUAUUUUGAGAAAGUUUCUCAUUUUUUUUGAGAAAGUUUCUCAUUAUGUUACGAUACUAUGUAAUUAUUUUGAGAUUCUGCGUCAUUAUUUUGAGUUUUGACAUUAUUAUUUUAAGAAAGCUUCUCAUUAUGUUGAGAUUCUACGUCAUUAUUUUGAGAAAGUUUCUCAUUUUGAGAUACUAAGUCAUCAUUUUGAGAAAAUUUCUCAUUAUUUUGAAAUAGUGAGUAAUUAUGUCAAAAUAAAAAUAAUGGCGAUAUUUUGAGAUACAAACUCAUUAUUUUGAGAAACUUUCUCAUUAUUUUAUUAUAUUUCUACGUCAUUAUUUUGACUCACAGGAUCUUUUCUUUGUCAUCACAUUGGCGGAAACGGGCUUCCAUACUGCCUUCUGGGAAUUGUAGGCGUGAAACUACAGUGAACUGUUGUGUCCAGAUGUUGACAGGACGCCCGGCGGCUGCAGGACUCUCUGAAUCACUCGUCAUGUUAUCUUCACUCUGGUGAUGAUGUAUCUUAGUAAUGAACGUUGACAUCCAAUCAGUGUGGGAGACACAAACCUGCUGAUUGGACGAUUGAUAACGUCCAGUCUGUGUGCCACUUUGCAUUCAGUUUCAUAAUAAUUGUGGUUUUGUGCCAAGAACACCUCCAGCUAUUUCAUUAGCAACUGUGGAUUUCAAUAAAACAUACUCUUUUAAAAAAAAGAAAGUCACUUUGUAUGUAUUUUAAAGCAUAAAAGAAUAAAUCAUUUUAAAUAUG